GGCUCCUCCCACCACUACCAGGCCAAGCCCGCUAGUCGGGUCCCGGAGUAGCGCAGGCGCCUUCCAGCGUCCGCGCCUGCGUACUCGGCGACCUCCCGCCUGCACCAUGAAGGUACUUCGGCGCGCUUGGCGGCGCCGAGUGGUGCUGACCCUAAGCGGCCUAGCGUUUUGCAGCACCACUCUGUUGUAUUUGGCGCGCUGUGCUUCCGAGGGCGAGACGCCCGCAGCCGCUGGAGCCGCUCAACCCCGCGCUAAGGCCUUCCUGGCAGUGUUGGUGGCUAGUGCGCCCCGCGCGGUUGAGCGCCGCAGCGCGGUGCGCAGCACGUGGCUGGCACAAGGGAGGCGCGGCGGCCCUAAGGAUGUGUGGGCGCGCUUCGCUGUGGGCACCAGUGGCCUGGGCUCAGAGGAGCGGCGUACGCUUGAUCUCGAGCAAGCACAGCACGGGGACCUGCUGCUGCUGCCCUCCCUGCGCGAUGCCUACGAGAACCUCACGGCCAAGGUCCUGGCCAUGUUGACUUGGCUGGAUGAGCACGUGGACUUCGAGUUCGUGCUCAAGGCCGACGACGACUCCUUUGCGCGCCUGGAUGCUCUACUGUCGGAGCUACGCGCACGUGAGCCUGCACGCCGCCGUCGCCUCUAUUGGGGCUUCUUUUCUGGGCGUGGACGAGUCAAGCCCGGAGGUCGCUGGCGAGAAGCUGCCUGGCAGCUCUGCGACUACUACUUACCCUAUGCUCUGGGCGGUGGGUACAUCCUCUCUUCGGACCUAGUGCAUUACCUGCGCCUCAGUGGUGAAUACCUGCGCGCGUGGCACAGUGAAGAUGUAUCGCUGGGUGCCUGGCUGGCACCAGUUGAUGUGCAGCGGGAGCACGACCCACGCUUUGACACAGAGUACAAAUCACGGGGCUGCAACAAUCAGUACCUGGUAACACACAAACAGAGCCCGGAGGACAUGCUGGAGAAGCAACAGAUGCUGCUUCACGAGGGCCGAUUGUGCAAGCAAGAGGUGCAAUUGCGCCUCUCCUAUGUCUAUGAUUGGUCAGCGCCACCCUCCCAGUGCUGCCAGCGCAAGGAGGGUAUUCCCUGAUGUCAUUGCAUGUGUUGUGGCCUCUUCGGACACAGGCCAAGCUGCCUGGACAAUCUGGCCAAUUGUCUGGGGUGAGCUGGUUUAUCCAAUUACUGUUUAGGCCAUGGGAACUCAGUCCACUUACUGAUGGCCAGAGGCAGCUAACAACAUUCAGUUCAUGCUCUGGAGAGUGUGCUCAUUAGUGGUCUUGUGUAAGGCCUGCCCAGGGGCAUCUGGUUAUGGGUUUGUAGGUUGCAUCUGCACCCCACACAACACCUGCAGCCACCUAUCAGCCAACCGGGGUGUGAGGGCCUCCUCACUUGAGUUUAUAGUACCGAAUUCUGCCCCUACUUGCACUGUGCAGCUCACUGCCCAUCUUGAAUGCUCUGCACAGCCCUGUCUGCAGACUGACCUGCAGACUGCUCAAUUAAUUUGUAUGUUGUCAUCAAAAUGUUAUUUGCCAAAAUUGCCAUUGUAUUGUUUGGACAAAGUUCCAUUCUGUUAAAUCUCCUGUUUUUAUCCUUUGUUGUGUACAAGUCUGAGAUUUGACUUGAUUUUCAAGUCAGCUAGCUUAGAUAGUAUUUUUAUCUCUGUAGAUAGUUUGGUAAAUAUGAUUAAGUUUGCUUGGAACCUAUUUAUAAAUAUUGUAAACUUGUGUAGAUAAGAAUUUUAAGUUGAAAGCUGUGCUGUGGUGGUACACACCUUUAAUCCCAGCAUUUGGGAGGCAGAGGCAGGCAGAUCUCUCAAGUUCGAGGCCAGAAUAUUCUUCAGAGUUCUAGGGUACCCAGGGCUACUACACAGGAAAGCCCCAUCUCAAACCUUACCACCCAUCCCCCCAAAAAAUUUUAAGUUAAGAGUGUGCAAGUCUUAAUUUUUUUAACUAUUUAAGAAAAAUACUUUAGUGUCAGAACUUGUAUCUGUGGAUUAAUCUAUCAACAGCCUGAGUGGCCAACCCCACUGUUGAGUGUGUUUAAAACAUAGAAGAUGGUUUGAACUAUCCAUUUCUCUUUGUUUCUGAACAGACUACUUUUAAGGCUUUUCAGAGAACACGAGCCUAUGGACUGUAAGGCACUCAGCAACUAGGAUGCCCACACAAGUUUGUCUUUCAUAUAUGCUUGAUUUUUCACACAAACAUUUCUAACAUCAUGUCAAUAUACAAGUUAAACAGAUGUCUCAGCUGGGUGGUGGUAGCACACGCCUUUAAUCCCAGCACUUGGAAGGCAGAAGCAGGUGGAUCUCUGUGAGUUCAAGGCCAAUCUGGCCUAAUGGAGUUCUAGGACAGACAGACAGGGUUACACAGAGGGACCCCGUCUCAAAAGACCAGGAAAAAACCCAAAAGCAAUCUAGAUGUCUCACCAAGCUAGGAACAGUUGUUUGAACAGAAACAAAGUGUGCAGGCUUAACCACUGCCCGAUGUGAAGUCCUUUAGUUGGUAGGCUGGGAGGAUGACACUGGUAGAAAUCUAGGAGGUCCUUAAGAGCAUAGGCCAAUGGCUGGCACUAAUAGGCAGUUCUGAGUGAGUCAAACAAGUUCAGCAGUCACUGAGGCCAGGGCUGCAAAGAGUGCCCAGUCCUCUUGGUAUCAACACAGGCCAUAGAAGUCUUGUCACAGGACCUUGACAGUGUGAUUCUAGAGACCAUUUCCAAAGUUCUAAUCUGUGUAUCAAUUCAUUGGGUAGCCACUUUGGACUAAUGGUUCAUUGGCGUAUCAUUGACUUGGGGUUAGCUCAUUAGCAUAUCAAGGCCUGUCCUGGAUUGGGUUCAUAUAUGGGCUGCCAGGGGGCUUGCCUCUGAGGCCUGGCUCUUACCAAAGCUGUCUUGUGACAAACUCAAGCAUCAUUAUUUCAAGUCACACAAAAUGGCUUUUGAGUUACACAACAUGGUUUUUAAGCUGUAGUCCAUACAAGCGUCCACAAAGGCCUUUAGAUUCUCUGUUUCUCACUCAGCAAAGUUCCAGGAAUCCAGACCCUUGAAGCAUUGAGACUUCCCAGAUGCUGCCUUAAGGAAAUAGUGUUUGCUACCUAGCACCCCAACCAACCAAACAGCUAAUAUUGCAUACCCCCUUUUAGUGUAAAAAAAUUAAUGGUAUACUUAAAAAAAUAUAAGGUGGUUCCAGAAUAAAUGGACAAUAUGAGCUGGACUUGA